UGUUGGUGUCGUCAUGGCAAAUUCAGGGGCCAUUGGCUGAGUAAAAUGACAAAGCAACUUGUCAAGCGGUAGGCAACAUCCUAGUCCGUCGCAGCGCUCCAGCCUACGCCGCGGCAGCGUCAACCACGAUCGAGACGACCAAGAACUAAGUUGCCAAUGACGUGGACAGCAGCAAAGAUAUUGCACCCAUUUCAUUGUGAACAAAUGCCUCGUAACAACGACCGCCGCCGCCACUCUCGCUGGUGGUUCGUCGGGCGGACAUCGCACGCACUACCCACGACACCAACGCAAUGGAAAGAAGAGGCGGCACUCGCUUUCUGCGGGCCAAGAAGCCACUCCUACAAAUGGCCACAAACAGACGCGGUCGCACUGGAUGCUGUAAUAAGUCGAAGUUGGCUUGGCAGUGCCGUGCUGAAUCAAACUUUGAAUCCAAGCAUGGAUGCCAGCAGUGGCGUUCACGGCCAAACCAACCAGUCCCGCACAGACCAGACAAGCCAACACUACCACCGCAACAGCAAACAAGCACUUCUUGACCUCCAUCGAGCGCUCGAGGCGGAUCAAGUCGGUCUGAACAUCGUGCAAUUUCGCAUUCAACACGUCCAGGCUCGUCACGGCAACGGGUGUCAAGACAAACGAAAAGCAGAGCGCCUGCUCGUCAAAGAUCGUCGUAUGCAGGUCCAAAGACAGGUUGUCGUGGCUAUACCGCGUCAAAUCCACCAUCGUCUUUCGCGUGGUGUGCAGUGCCAUGGAUGGUAGCCACAUCUAGGCAUUCAUGAGUAGUACGAGGGGUGAGAGAUAAGUCAACGAAUGCCCACCGUCAUCGGCACAACCCA